AGCCCAUCAGGGCCAACAUAAGAAGAUCACUAGGGUUUAUAUAUGAAUAAUAAGAAAGAAGAAUGGAGGCGAAGACGAAGAACUGCAGAUCUAAUCUAGACGAAGAAAGAAAAAAAAAGGGUUAGGAGAAAUGGACCCGAGCAUGAUGGCGGGACUUAAUGGUCUUGCUGAAGAAGACCAAGCCAAAAUGGCUUCCAUGAUCGAUCAGCUUCAGCUUCGUGAUAGCUUGAGGAUGUACAAUUCGCUGGUGGAAAGAUGUUUCGUGGACUGUGUGGAUACAUUUACGCGCAAAACUCUGCAGAAACAAGAGGAGACUUGUGUUAUGAGGUGUGCUGAGAAGUUCCUCAAGAACACAAUGCGUGUCAGUAUGCGGUUUGGUGAGCUCAAUCAGAACGCACCAACUCAAGAUUAAAGUCUACUUACCUGACUUUUGUUUUUUGGUCCGGUUUAUAAGUUCGAACCCAGAGUAAACCGUUUUUUUAGUGGUUGAUUGAUACUCUUCUUUGAAAUUGAUACUCGUGUGCUUUGAAAUUAUUGUCUAAUCCAAUUAUGAGUAUUGAAAUGAUUUGUAUAUC